AUGGCGACAAUCAAUUAUUUGAGUAAACUAAGCUGUGUGUCAACCGACAGUCCCAUGAUACAAAUUCAUGGCAUUAGAUGGGGUUUCAGAAUCACACUUUCAAGUUAA